AUUAUCCUCAAUUGAGUUUGCCAUUACAAACUUACUUAGCCAAAGUCCCCAUCAACGACAAAGGUACACCCACCACUCGAAUCUGACCGCAAUACCAAGAAAAGACUUCAUUUCAGAGAAAACCCCACUCACCCCGCCAAACCACACCCCACUAUCACGAUCCUCCUCUGACGACGACACCAGUCACAACGACCAUCAUGACGCCCAACCCUAAGCCGGCGAGGGAGCCUUUCCGCGUUCUGGCCUUUAGCAAGACCUCUGGCUUUCGACACGACUGCAUUGAAGCGGCUGUCUCCGCCGUGAAAGCCCUUGGCAAGCACACGGGACUCUUCACCGUCGACGCCAGCGAAGACGCCGAAGCCUCUAUCAACCCUCGAUCCUUGGCAACGUACGCGACGGUUGUCUUCCUUCACUGCACCGGAACGUUCCUCAAUGUUGAGCAAUUGUCGGCUUUGAAGGGCCACGUAAAUUCGGGCGGCGGAUUCGUGGGGGUGCACGCUGCCGCCUCAGGGUUAAGGGAGGAUGAUUGGUACGGCAAGCUGGUCGGCGCGCAUUUCGACCAGCAUCCGCCGCCCGAAGAGGGCACCUGUGUCAUUGAAGAUCCGGGGCAUUUCAUAAUGCGAGGGCGAGGCGGAAACCAUCCGGCGGAGGCUUGUAAUGAUGUCCGGAAACAGUGGACGGACGAGUGGUACAACUUUCUGUCGCACCCCAGGGACAAGGACAACCACAUCCUGGCUCGGGGCGACCCGACAAGCUUCCAAGGCGGCUCUAUGGGGGACGAUCACCCGCUUGUGUGGUGUCAAGAGUUCGACGGUGGGAGAUCGUUCUAUACAGCCCUGGGCCACUAUGAAGAGGCGUAUGAGGACGAAUGGUUCGUUGGACAGAUUCUCAGGGCCAUCCUCUGGACUGCUCGUCGUGAGGAAGUCAUCCCAGACGUAUGAUUUGCCAAGAGUGAGAGACGAAGGACACACGCUUGGCGCCGUCGGUCAUGAAUCAGUAAACAUUACGGGGCGC